AUGAUGAAGACAGAACUCGAUAGCCAAGGAAGGAAUCGCAAUAUUUUUUAUUUGCAAUGUUUUAGGAGCUUUUUGUCAGCAUCGACAUCAUUUUGGCUUCAAAUCGGCUUCUUUAUCGAUUAUAGAAAUGAACAUACAUUUCAGAUGAAGUUUUUAGCAAGUCGUUGUUGUUCAAGUCGUUGCAAUCUCGACAAUUAUCAUCCUUAUGCUGAGCAGCAGCAUUCUUAG